CUACUCAACAUUAAACAUACGCAAAUGUCAAGUGUCAACUCAGUUCGGUGCAAAAUAAAUUGGUUUUAUUUUACAGGAAGUAUUUUAAAUAAAACUCUUUCUAAAAUCAUUUAAUUCUUUCUCUAGGGAAAUUGGUGUAAUAUAUAAACUAUAUUUUUUUUACUAAAUGAGCAAUAUGAGGUCGUUAGUAUUACGUAGCUUUAAGAAUCUUCACAGAACAAGGAUGAAAGUAUUUGUGGGCGAUGAAAGAGCUCUCACCGCUGCCAGGAUAAAAAUUAAUGAGGCAUACCGAAAAAACAAAAAUGUUGAAAACGAAGAUGCUAUUAAGGAAAUGAUCAAAUUCGGAGAGGAUGUUGAAAGGGAGCUGAGAACACAAGUCAUCCAGGCUCGUCAAGUCAAACCUGGUGUUUAUGAGGCUAAAAUUACAGAGGACACACUGAAAUUGGAAAAUGUCCCAUUUAAUGACAAUGCUGUAUUAGAAGAUGGAACAAGAGCACCUCAACCAUGUUGUCAAGAUCAAGUGCAAAACAAAUAAAUUUAUAAUGUUGUUUAUAGCUAGUAUUAUUUAGAAAUUCAGAUAAGAUGUAGCUCAUUUGUAAAUUUUAUUUAUAUAAAUGUAAAUAGAAUAUAUGGUUAGUAAAGCAUAA